GUGUGUGUCGGUGUGUCGGUGUGUGUGUGUGUCGUACAGAGAACAAAGACGAGCUCCGAGCAUCAAGUCGUACAGGUUGGAGGUUAGAGAGCGGCUGCUGUAAGAGUCUGGGCGAGAAAAGUGGAGAAAUCUGAGAGCUCUCUUGGCAAAAAAGCUCAGCCUCCCUGAGCAGAGAAUUUGAAGCAAGUAAUCGAAUGAGAACGCCGGACAGCUGCCUUACCUGAGUCUGGAGAAGAGACGGGGAAGACAAAGAGUAAAAAAAGUUGAAGGUGAGAAAGACAAGGAGGAGAGUUGGCACUUGGGAAGAGGAGGAAAAAAAGCACACCUGGAGAGAAGCUGUGAUGGAGAACCUGGUUGUGUACCACGGACCCAUCGGUAAAGAAGAAGGCGAGCGGCGGCUGGCCCAGGACGGCCGAGAUGGGUGCUACCUCGUCCGCAACAGUGACUCAGUGCCGGGAGUCUUCUGCCUGUGUGUGCUCUGCAAUGGAUACGUCUACACGUACAGAAUCCACAAGGACGACACGGGCUCGUGGGCUGCAGAGACCACUCCUGGUGUGCAGAAACGAUAUUUCCGGAAGAUCAAGAACUUGAUAGCGGCUUUCCAGAAGCCCGAGCAAGGAAUCGCCAUGCCUCUGCUCUACCCUGUCACCGCUCAGAGACGGGCACAAACAUACACCGAGGCCCAGACGCCCAGCGGUAGCCUGUCGCCGACACACAGCAGCCCCAACGCUUUCCACCUCCAGCAGACGCCGCAUGGUGCUCAGGGACAGAAAAACAGGAACAAGAAGGAGGUGCGGCAAGCUUUUGGUUAGGGGCAUACCCUAACUGGCCUAAUUAGAAAGAACAACACCAUCUUUGUUGCGUACUUCCUUUCAUGCUGUGUGUGACACAAAUGUCAGUUUUUUCCUUGUUUGUGAAAUGUGACUCAGAUCUCCUUCCAGUGUCUUCUUCUUCUUCAUCUCUGGCCCCAUAACUUUCAGGGAUGUGAUGUGUGAAAUAUUCCACAUUUAUAUCUAUUACUGCAUACGUAAGUUGACAACGAAUAUUGUGCUGUGUUCUCUUAAUGCAAUAAGAGUUGUGUGAUUGGCCGAGAAAAAAAUAAAUGAUAUUGCUUGAAAUGAA